CCAGAGUGGUUUCUUUGGCCUAAAGAUGGCCACGCUGAUCUUCAUUGAUAAAGAGAAUGAGCAAGUUGGUGCUUCUAAGAAUCAGCUAAGGAGACCUUCAGCAUCUUCAAUGGUUUUAUCUGAAAAAGCACAAGUCCAUACUCCGCUUCCCAAAAAAGUGAUCAAUGCAUCUCCAGCCACAUCUCUCUCUGUUAGAAAGGCCCUUGGAAAUGUGAACAGAACUGUAGAAGCAUCAAGCAAGAAAGAGCAGUUGAAAACAAAAAAAAUUCCUUGUGCAAARAAGAUUACUGAAGACACAGCUGGAUUAGAAAGCAAUGCUGCAGUGGCUGAAGAAACCUAUCCAGAAAUUGAAAAAAUGUUUCCCUAUGAUCCUCUAGACUUUGAGACCUUUGAUGUUCCUGAAGAAAACAGCCUAAACAAUCUGGCCCUGAGUGGUGUUCCCCUCAUGAUGUUGACAAGUUUGCCAGAUGUUCUUCCAGACAUGAUUCCUUCUCCUGUGAAACUUCAACACAUAUCAUGGGAGUCUGGCUUGCUACAAUCGACUACUGAUUUCCUUUCUACUCUGGAUAACAUCAUUGAUAUGCCACCUGUGAAUUAUGACCUUUAAAGUAUAUUCUGAAGCUUUUACUCAGUUAACUUUGCGUAGUUUUUUAUCCUUAAUAAAGGCUUGUAUAACUUGUGUAACCAUAGAAAUGUGUAUAUUCUGUAGAUUUUAUAUACCAGAUGUAGUAGUAACAAUGUUUUGAAAAAGAGCUUAUAAUCUAUUAAAGCAGAGCCUGGCUGGUUUUUAAGCAAAGCUAUAACCAUUGCUGUGAACUCUGUUUGGAAGUCAGUACCAGCUGAUUGGACUGCAUGAACAUAAUAAAUACACAGGUUCUUCUGA